CUGAUCAUACUUUAUACUUCGAAUUGGAUUUCAACGAGAAAGCCGAUGACCUGCUGGUGAAGCUGAAAGUAAAACAGUCAAAGUGUUCGAUGGAUAUAAAGUUCAGAACACAUUUCCUUGCUUCUCGUGGAAUAACCGAGACAUCACUAGGAGACACAGUUUCCACAUCCCCGAGUCCGUCGCCAUCUACAUCGGAUUCAGUCGCCAUUUCUUUUCAAGAUGCAUCGGCAACAGCCGGUGAAGUUUCGACUUCCAGAGACAGUGACACGGUAUCAGAUGGAAAACUGAAUACUCUUGCAGCCCACAUCCCUCCCGAUAAAUACCUUCACCUGCCCGACAAACUCGGUAUUGAGUACAAUGAGGCAUCAUGUAUUCUCAAGCAGCACGGUAAAGACUAUAAGGGAGCGAUGAGAGAGUGCCUUUCUAUAUGGAAAAACAAGUCGCGUGGCAGCUUCACCGACCUGAAGCGGAUUUUUGGUAGUGUUCAUUUAGGUGGUAUAUGGAAGCAAUAUAUGAAAUAGAUCUGAUGUGAAAGAAUCCUUGAAAGCUUUUUACCUAAAUGAUGCAUAGCGAAAGCUUACUAUUUCACUAUAGUUAAGAAAUAGGAAAAAAGAUAUCAAGUACUUCGAAGGCUGUCAUGAAGUGUUAGGAAACCGAUAUACAUCUAAAAACUACUGACCAUCAGAUAAUCAUCGGUAUUGAUACAUUAAAUAACUACUGACCAUCAGAUAAUCAUAAACCCAAAAUACUUCAACUAUACUAUGCACAUGGCGACAUGCAUUAAUUCCACGUUUUUAUGUUUUAAUCACAUGUACGAGUUUUACAAGUUUAUGUAAUGGA